UUUAUACUUUUUUCACAGAUCUGAUGGAAUUCAGAAGAAAUUUAACUGUGGGAAACCAUACGAUGGUAACACUUAUUCUUGUGGGACUAACGGAUGAUCCAAACUGGCAGGUUAUAAUUUUCCUUUUUCUAUUUCUAACAUAUUUUUUGAGUGUCAUUGGAAAUCUGACCAUUAUCCUGCUCACUCUUCUGGACUCCCACCUCAAAACACCCAUGUAUUUCUUCCUUCGGAAUUUUUCCUUCUUAGAAAUCUCACUGACGACUGUCUGUAUCCCUAGAUACUUAUUCAGCAUAGUGACUAUGGAUAAAACGAUUUCCUAUGAUGCAUGUGCGACGCAAUUGUUUUUUGCCAUCUUCUUGGGUGCAUCAGAGUUUUUCCUGUUGGCUGCCAUGUCCUAUGACCGCUAUGUGGCCAUCUGCCAACCCCUUCACUAUGCAACAAUCGUGAGCAGCAGAGUCUGCACCCAGCUGGUUGUUACCUCCUGGGUGGCUGGGCUGUUAACAAUCUCUCCUGGACUUAUCAUGGGUCUGGAGUUGGAGUUCUGUGAUGCCAACAUUAUUGACCACUUUUUCUGUGACUAUUCUCCUGUCCUGAAACUCUCCUGCACAGACACACGGUCCAUAGAAUUGUUAGGUUUUAUUUCAGCCAUUGUCAUACUGCUGAUUACGCUGGCACUGGUGAUACUCUCCUAUGCAUAUAUUCUGAGAACAAUUCUGAAAAUCCCUUCUGCCCAGCAGAGGAAGAAGGCUUUUUCCACCUGUUCCUCCCACAUGAUUGUUGUCUCUCUCUCUUACGGCAGCUGCAGUUUUAUGUAUAUGAAACCUUCUGCAGAGGAAAGGGUCGCUUUAAACAAGGGGGUAGCAAUACUUGCCAUUUCAAUUGCACCUGUCUUAAAUCCUUUUAUAUAUACCCUAAGAAACAAACAGGUGAAACAAGCCCUGAAAGACAUAAUUAAAAAAGGUGUCUUUAUUACCUUAAGAUAA